CAGCGCCGGUGCACAUACGAAUUGCGAGGGGAGGUUAUUGUCUUGCGUGAUUUGGUGAUGGUGCGAUAUUGGUGCAUGGCAUGUUUUGAACCUAUUGAUUACUAGGCGAAGAUAUUGUGUGCACAAAAUCUGUAACGGUACCACAAACCGCAAAGUCGCUCCCCUCAACCCGAAAAACGACAGCGAACAACAGGUUCGCGACUUGACAAUUUUUUUGCCGGUAGGGGGAGAAGAUGAAAGUGGAGUGCAACGAAAGGAGACUAAUAUUUUUAAACAAGAGGGUUGGUAAUGCGACGUAAUUAGUGUUUUAUUUGUUAAAUAUAGGAUUAAAAACAUUGAUUUUAUUUUUCCCUACAACUUUUUUUGCCAUAAUAAUUGAUAUCUACCCAAGUAAAGGUUUAGAAUUUCUUCAAAAUCCAUCUACCUCCAUGAAACCCUACGCCAUUUCCCUCCUUCCAUAUUGCUGAAAUAGAUUUUGAAGUAGAGACCGGUUUUCGCAGGGGAAAUAAUUCGUUUUCUUUUCUCUGGUCAUCUGAUUUGAUCAGGAGGGUUUUAAAUAAUUCAGCAAAAUUACUGUUUUGGCUACCGUGUUGUACACAAGCAGAUUAAGACUCUAUUCUGCAUUCCAACGUCAACUACAGGUUGCAGGUUUGGGUCAUAGGCGUCCUAGGGCCCGUAGCAACAUGGCAUCUCCAAGUGAAACUGUGGAUAGCGAUUUUCCAGUCUGGGGACUCCUUCCAAAAAAGGAAACAGGCGUUUCAGCCUUUCUCAACAAAUACCCUGAGUACGACGGGAGGGGCACUGUUAUUGCAAUUUUUGAUUCGGGAGUCGAUCCAGGAGCAGACGGACUCCAGGUCACAAGUGAUGGAAAGCCAAAGGUCAUCGAAAGAGUCGACUGCAGUGGCGCCGGAGAUGUGGACACAUCCUCUGUUGUUGAGGUCAAGGAUGGAGCCAUCACUGGUCUGACAGGUCGCAAGCUGAGAAUCCCCAAGGAUUGGAAGAAUCCCAGUGGAAAAUAUCAUGUAGGCGUUAAGAAUGCUUUUGAACUGUACCCGUCAAAGUUGAGGGAACGAAUUGAGAAAGAGCGCAAGGAACGGCUGUGGGAACCAGGGCACAAAAAGGCGCAGGCAGAUGCUGCGAGGAAGCUGCAAGAAUUUGAAACAAAAUAUCCGCAACCUACUGGUGCCGAGAAAUUGAUUAAAGAAGACCUGGAGAACCAGAUAGAGCUCUUGGCCUCUAUGGAAAAGAAAUAUUAUGAUCCAGGGCCAGCUUAUGACUGUGUCGUUUUUUAUGAUGGAGAUAUGUGGAGAGCGUGUAUUGACACAACAGAAGAGGGAGAUUUAGAGAAAUGCAUCGUCAUGGGCCCCUUUAGGAAAACAAGAGACUUUGCACCUCUAACUAAAUCAGACCAGCUGCACUACAGUGUAAACUUUCAUGAUGAUGGGAACACUUUAGAAAUUGUUUCUAUGUGCUCAAGCCAUGGAACUCAUGUUGCUUCAAUUGCGGCUGCUUAUUGUCCCGACAGCCCAGAGAAAAAUGGAAUUGCCCCCGGAGCACAAGUUGUUUCCUUCACCAUUGGCGACAACCGUUUGGGGUCAAUGGAAACUGGAACUGCUUUGGUGAGAGCUAUGACGAGAAUCAUGAGCAAAGAGGAGUCUCUGGACGAUGAUGGUUGGAAUGGUCACAUCGACGUCAUUAAUAUGAGUUAUGGAGAACAUGCGCACUGGUCGAAUUCAGGACGUAUUGGAGAGUUGAUGAAUGAAGUAAUCAAUAACUACGGAGUGAUUUGGAUUGCCUCUGCUGGCAAUCAUGGCCCUGCUCUUUGUACCAUUGGCACUCCUCCUGAUAUAAGCACCAAUGCUGUGAUAGGAGUCGGAGCUUACGUCUCUCCAGACAUGAUGGCAGCUGAGUAUUCUUUGCGGAAAAAGCUUCCUGGCACUCCUUAUACUUGGACAUCUCGAGGUCCCACAAUCGAUGGGGACUUUGGCGUCAGCAUUUGCGCCCCAGGUGGAGCAAUUGCCUCAGUGCCUGCUUUCACUCUUAGAGGCACUCAGCUGAUGAAUGGCACUAGUAUGGCUGCCCCUCAUGUUUGUGGAGCCAUCGCUGUUCUUCUCUCUGGAAUGAAGAGCCUUUCACUUCCAUACUCUCCCUAUAGCGUGAAAAGAGCAAUUGAAAGCACAGCCCAGUUUAUGGAAGACCUGGACGUAUUUGCUCAGGGACACGGACUUUUGCAAGUCGAGAGGGCGUUUGCUCACCUUUGCAAAUACUCUAAUGCUUGCGAAAGAGAUGUACGCUUUCAUGUCACAUGCGGAACCUCCAGCAAGGGAAUCCACAUGCGUGGAGGUCUGCAAGACAAGGCAAAAGAGCACAGCAUUACGGUGGAGCCAUUCUUCCUGAAAAACGAUUAUGCUGAUCCAAAGCCCAAAAUUGAUUUCAAUGUUCGCUUUGCCUUGACAUGCUCAGCACCUUGGGUAGAGUAUCCAAACCAUUUGGAUAUGAUGUAUAUGGCAAGGCCUUUUGCCAUAAAAGUUGACCCGACUGCCUUGGAAACUGGAGCGCAUUUUACAAGCAUCAAAGCAUUCGAUGUCGCUUGUGUAGAAAAAGGACCUGUUUUUGAAGUUCCUAUCACUGUCGUCAAGCCAGCAAGUGUUGAGAGAAAUGAACUGCCCGACAUGGUGUUCAAAGACGUCCACUUUAAGCCUGGAACUAUAAAGCGCCACUUUGUACAAGUGCCUGAGGAUGCCACCUGGGCAGUCCUCCGCCUGAAAGCACGAAAAGACACCAAGAAUAGUCGUUUUGUCCUCCACUGUGUGCAGCUACGUCCUCAGUUAGUGUGCAAAACUCAGGAAUUCCACAAGAUGGUCAGCAUUAGCCAACAAUCUGAAGCAGUUCACGGGUUUCCUGUCAAAGGUGGCAUAGUUCUGGAAGCCGUUGUGGCCAAAUGGUGGGCUAGCUUGGGAGAUGUCUCCAUCGACUACUCAUUAUCCUUCCACGGACUUAAGCCAGAAUCACCAUCAGUCACUAUGCAUGGAGCUGACGGCAUCCUUCAUUUGGAAGUGAAGAGCGGACUGCGGCACGAAGAAUUGGCGCCAGUCAUUUCUUUGAAAACUCAGGUACAAGUUUUGCGACCUAAUGACUCAAAGGUCUGUGCUCUUGGCUCAAGAGAUGUGAUCCCCCCGGAACGGCAAAUUUAUGAAUUGCAGUUGUCAUAUUCUUUCCAUAUUAACAAAGCAACAGAAAUCUCCCCUAAUAGUGCUUUGCUAAGUGACUUGCUCUAUGAGUCUGAAUAUGAAUCGCAGCUGUGGAUGCUAUUUGACAGUAACAAACAGCUAAUUGCUGCUGGAGAUGCAUAUCCUUGCAAAUAUUUGGUCAAAGUGGAAAAGGGUGACUUCAUCUUGAAAAUGCAUGUUCGUCAUGAACGUCGAGAGCUCCUUGACAGACUCUCUGACCUUACCCUUUUGCUAGCCCAGAAACUUCCGUCCACUUUAACCCUGGAUGUCUACACCAGCCACUCUCAAGCUUUAGUUGCUGGAAAGAAAGCCCAGCCAGUCAGCUUGGCUCCUGGUUCCACCCAGCCAAUUUACAUCACCCCCCUGCCUAAUGAGAACAAUCAUAGAAAAAGACCCGACAGCAUGUGGAGCCUGAAGGGAGCAACAAUGGGACAGUAUCUUUCAGGCACAAUAUCUUUGGCAAAAGACGAAAUUGGCAAGAAAGUUGAUUUGUACAGCUUCCGGUAUAUUUUGCCUCCAGAACCACCCAAGAAACAGAGCAACAAUGGCAGUAAAGUAGCGGCAGCUGCUGCCGCUGCUGCUGCUACUUGCUCGUCCAGCUCAGCAGAAAGCAAAGAGGGCUCAAAGGAAAAAGAGCGUAGCAAAGCGGACGAGUUCAACGAAGCUCUGCGAGAUAUGCAAAUCAGCUGGCUUUCAAAAAUUGGUCUUCGAGGUGCUAACAUGGAGCUAAACAAUACGAUUUUUGCAAAGCUCAAUGCCGACUUCCCUGAUCAUUUGCCGCUUCUGCUAGCUCGCCUUCAAUCUCUGAGUGAUUUCUUUGGAGAACCAAACAGCACCGAGCUGCUUUUUUCACAUCCUCACCUAACGGUUGAAGCACUGGCGCUCGCCAACCAGAUAAUCAGUUUAGUAAAUCAAGAAAAGCUACUUGCAUUUUUUGGCCUGAAAAAUGACUCUAGACCAGAUUCUGCUAAAAUUAAAACCCAAAUGGAAAAACAGAAAGCUGCCUUAAUUGAUGCCUUGGUGCGAAAAGGUUCUAUUCUUUCUGAACUCCACUUGGCAGCCCAGCGAGGCUUGGAUCCUGUUGAAGUAGUGCAAGAGGGGGUGGAAAUUGUUCUUCCUUCGCCGACCCCUGCAGAAAUAGAUGCCAUCAUGAAAGACAUUCUCAAGUUUGCAGACUACAGUGACAGCAAGGUGAUUCCAUUCUCAAUUCAACAUGCCCUUGUCAAUGAACACUAUGGAAGAGCUUUAAAGUUGACACAGAAGCAGCAGGAGGAGAAGCAAAGCCGGGACUUGGAUGUCAAGUGCUUGCAAUACCUGCAGAACUUAGGAUGGGAACACGCAGCGCACCACCUGGAAGCAGGUUUGCCUGUCCGCUACCCUGCCACAUACCAUCCUUUCUAAAGCAUUGGGUGCUUCUACACUACAUGUUAUGUGAAAACUCCAGGAUCAUUGUGACUGAACCGGAAGUGACUGAAUCAGCCACUUUCAUUGUAUUGAGCACAGGACAGUUUGAUUGAAACUUUAUAAAUUAACCUUUAAACCUAUUAAAAUGGAUCAAGUUAAAGCAAUUUUAAUUUUAUUUUGUGGAUUUUCAAUAAGACACUUGUGGUCAAGAUCAUGAUACUCUUUAUUUACAAGUUCUACUCAUUAUUUAAUCGG